AGUGUGAGGAGAGAAAUGGCUCGUGACAGGGUCCAUGCUGCUUUACCUGACCCUCCCAUUCAAAAUGAGGAGGACAACAAUGAAGCGGAGAAAGCGUUUGGGAAUGUUUUUGCAGAGUUGGAAUCUGUGGACCUGCCUCUAGGAACAACCUUGAGGUCUAUUUACGAUGACCAGCCCAAUGCACACAAACGUUUCAUGGAAAAGCUGGAUGCCAGGAUAAGGAAUCAUGACCGUGAGAUUGAGAAGAUGUGCAAUUUUCACCACCAGGGUUUUGUGGACGCCAUCACAGAGCUCCUCAAAGUCCGCACUGAUGCAGAGAAACUGAUGGGUCAAGUGACAGACACUAAUCGAAGAUUACAAGAUGCUGGGAGGGAGGUGACAGCGCAGACACAUGAGGUGAUUUGCUGUCGAAUCCAACAGAGGAACAUGGUCACUACUGUUGAGAAGCUCCAGCUCUGUAUACCAGUACUAGAGAUGUACAGCAAACUGAAAGAGCAGCUGGAAACCAAAAGAUACUAUGCUGCACUAAAAACCAUGGAGCAGCUAGAGAAGGUCUACAUUCCCAGGGUCAGCAAAUACAGAUUCUGUCAAAUCAUGGCAGAAAAUCUACCCAGGCUGAGAGAAGAGAUCAAGGAGAUCUCUAUGUCAGACCUCAAGGACUUCCUUGAGAGCAUCAGAAAACACUCCGACAAGGUUGGAGAGGCUGCCAUGAGACAGGCACAGCAGCACAGGACCUUUAACAGUGCUAUAGCGAAGCAGGUCAAUUUGGGCCACUACACAAAGCCUAUGUACUCCCUCAAUGGACGAACACACACUCACAACGACCUGAUGUUUGACGAGGAUAUAGGAGAUGAAGAUGACGCAGAUGAAGGGGUUCUUACCGCUCAGGACCUGGUGGACUUCUCACCUGUCUACAGAUGUUUACACAUUUACACAGUGCUGGGUGACCGAGAAACAUUUGAGAACUACUACAGGAAACAGAGGAAAAAACAGGCCAGACUAGUGCUGCAGCCACAGGCUAAUAUGCAUGAGACUGUUGAGGGAUACAGGAGAUAUUUCAACCAGAUCGUAGGGUUCUUUGUUGUGGAGGACCAUAUCCUCCAUUCCACACAAGGGCUGGUGACCAGAGCUUUCACUGAUGAACUGUGGAACAUGGCCCUGUCGAAAAUCAUCGCUGUUCUCCGCACACAUUCUUCGUAUUGUGAUGACCCAGAUCUGGUGCUGGAGCUGAAGAACCUGAUAGUCAUCUUUGCUGACACACUACAGGAUUAUGGUUUCACCGUGAACCGCCUGUUUGACCUGCUUUUUGAGGUCAGAGACCAGUACAAUGAAACCUUGCUGAAGAAGUGGGCUCUAGUUUUCAGGGAGAUCUUUGAGUUGGAUAACUAUAGUCCGAUCCCAGUUGAGACAGAAGAGGAGUACAAACUGGUUGUCAGUCGCUUUCCCUUCCAUGAUGCAGAAAUAGAGAAGCAGGAAUUUCCAAAGAAGCUGCCGAUGUCCCAGUCUGUCCCUCAGAUCUACACACAGGUCAAAGAGUUAAUUUACGCCAGCCUCAAGUUCUCAGAGUCACUACACCGCAGUUCAACAGAGAUUGAUGACAUGCUGAGGAAAUCAACCAACUUGCUUCUGACGAGAACACUCAGCAGUUGUCUGCAAAACCUCAUUAAGAAGCCUCACACAGGACUGACAGAGCUGGUGCAAAUCAUCAUUAACACCACCCACCUGGAGCAGGCCUGCAGGUAUCUGGAGGAAUUCAUAACAAACAUCACCAAUGUCUCCCCUGAAACAGUGCACACCACAAGACUCUAUGGCUUAUCCACAUUCAAGGAUGCUCGUCAUGCUGCAGAGGGAGAAAUUUACACCAAACUCAACCAGAAGAUUGAUGAGUUUAUCCAGCUUGCAGACUAUGAAUGGGGCAUGGCUGAGUCAGAUGGUCGUGCCUCUGGAUACCUCAUGGACCUGAUCAACUUCCUGCGUUCCACCUUCCAAGUUUUCACACACCUCCCGAAUAACAACAAUGACCAUGCUUCGAUGUCGGGUAAAGUGGCACAGACAGCUUGUAUGUCAGCCUGUAAACAUCUGUCCACAUCACUGAUGCAAAUGCUGCUGGAUACAGAACUCAAACAGAUCAGUAUGGGAGCCAUUCAGCAAUUCAACCUGGAUGUCAUUCAGUGUGAAUUGUUUGCAAGUUCAGAGCCCGUCCCUGGUUUCCAAGGAGACACACUCCAGCUGGCCUUCAUCGACCUACGACAGCUCCUGGAUCUGUUCAUGGUGUGGGACUGGUCAACCUAUUUGGCAGAUUAUGGUCAGCCAACGUGCAAAUACCUGAGAGUGAAUCCAGCCACUGCCUUGGCUCUACUUGAGAAGAUGAAGGACACCAGUAAGAAGAACAACAUUUUCUCUCAGUUCAGGAAGAAUGACAGAGACAAACAGAAGCUGAUAGAGACUGUGGUCAAACAGCUGAGGAGCCUGGUCAACGGCAUGUCCUCCUAAACACAUACACACAUACACACACACAGACGGGAGUGAUAUGGGUGUCGCACAGAGAUAGAAUGAAUAAAACAUGCAUGCAGUCACACACACACACACAUACACACAUUGAGCUGCCAAGAAGCAGAAGGAUACCAAUAACACAAUAUGACAGUAACCUGCAGAUGAACCACAAAAUGAGUUCACACAUACACACGAGACACGAGACACACAAGGUGUGUAGAGACAGAGCAAACAUAUACACACACACACACACACACACACACACCUCGUAACAGCACAGCAAUACACACAUUGUACAAGGCAUGCAGGGAACUGUUUCCAAGCAAAUACAGUAGACACACGAUCUGUAUGAUGAAGUCAUAUCCUCUUACUGUUAUAGCAGACUGAAUAUUUAAUGUAAAUAAUACACACACA